AUGCUUGAAAUGCAUUGCAGUUUAAAGUCGGUAAGUAGAGAUAUAAAGAAAGGUCGUGGCAUUAACGGAGUUGAAAUGAUGGUAAUGCCGUUUGCUAAACGACAAAAUAUUUUCAAAGACCAUUGUCGCGUUACUAAGCCAACAGUCGCUGUGUUCAUCUCACUCAACGCGUGCCAAGCCAAACAAAAAAGAGCUGAUAGCACGAAAAAGAAGAAAGCUUCAUUUUCUGGUAACAGCAAUAAAUAA